AUGCUCUACUACGAUCUCGACAAGGCCGGCUACGCACACGACAAGCAAAUCCUGGAUCACUGGGCUGGCAGAAGCUUCUCCGCGGGCAUCGCAAGAACUCUGAGAGCCUGCUUCGCUUACCAAACUGCGCUCAUCAAUGCUCGUGUGGCCCCUCAAUUUGAUAGAAACGACUCACUUUCGGCAAUGGUGGCUAUGACCUGUACACAAGACUCCAAGAAUGGUGGCAAUGUUAUCAUUUCGGAAUUUGGAAGAUAG